UAGAGUUGGGCGGUGCUGCCCUAUUUAAACUGUUUUCCCCUCGCUGAUGUGUUAGAGGUGAUCUUACGUUGAGUUUACAACACGCGUGAGAAUAUCAGACGCCAUCCAAGAUGAGUGACAGCAAUCCCGUCAAUCAGGAAGUGGAGAACUUUGACAAGAAAUGUCUAAAGAAGACAAAUACAGCAGAGAAGAAUACCCUGCCAACCAAAGACGAUAUCGAGCAGGAGAAGAAGGCAUGCGGUGGACAGGGCCCCAAGUGAACAGCUGGGGUUCCUCCCUUCCCUUUCCAGGCCCCUUUUCCACCUCCCUGUUGCCAGGAUGCUCUCUGUCCAGCUGCUCUUGGCCUCUUCAUUCUACCCCAGCAUGUUCACCUUAAUGGCACUGAAACACUGGGAUGGAUCGGUUGAUUGGGGGGGGUGGAGUUCUCGGAAGGGCGAAAGGAGGAGAGGCAGUGUUCCAGCACUUGGAGCAUGUAAAAUUGCAGCUGUGUAAAUUUUAAAUUUUGCUUUAAAAAAUUAUGCAUUCCCUUGAGAGGAGAGAGAAGGCAGAAGAUGUGAGAAGGUUUUGAUGGCUGUAGAAGUGCUUGCACUAUAAUCAGAUGUUAACACCACUAUAACUCUCUGAAUCUGAUGCCAUUUUUGGAUUUGUUCUUUAAAUAACAUGAAAGAUUUUAAAAUAAAUUCAGUAUUUUAAA